AUGGCAUUAUACGAUCAUGCCCGCUGCCUCUCCUUCUUCUUCUUGUUGCUCAUAACUCUCUCAUCUUUUCAGGCCCAGGCCCGCCACCUCCUAGAGGCGUCCGCGGCAUUGCCUGACCUUCCCAAGCCCCAAAUUCCAGCUUUACCUAAACCUGAGCUACCCACACUUCCCAAGCCUGAGCUACCCACACUUCCUAAACCUGAGCUUCCAACGUUGCCUAAGCCUGAGCUGCCCACGUUGCCAAAACCCGAACUUCCAACCAAGCCCGAGCUGCCAACAUUGCCUAAGCCCGAAAUGCCAACCCUGCCGAAACCGGAGCUUCCAACUAAGCCCGAGCUGCCGACGGUGCCUAAGCCCGAAAUGCCAACCCUGCCGAAACCGGAGCUUCCAACUAAGCCCGAGCUGCCAACGCAAGAAAAGGCUGAGCUGCCACCAUUAACAAAGCCCGAGAUCCCAGAAUUGCCGAAACCUGAGAUCCCAGAACUGCCGAAGCCCGUGAUCUCAGAAUUGCCAAAGCCCGAGAUCCCUGAAUUGCCGAAACCAGAGCUCCCAACGUUGCCGAAGCCCGAGAUACCGGAACUGCCGAAACCAGAGCUGCCAACGUUGCCGAAGCCCGAGAUACCGGAACUGCCGAAACCAGAGCUGCCAACGUUGCCGAAACCCGAGCUGCCAACCCUCCCGAAGCCCGAAGUGCCGAAAUAUCCUUGA